UUAGCUUUCAGUUUUCCUUCAAAGGGAACUCCACUUCAAAGUAGGUGAUUGGUCAUUGCUCUCAAACUAAAAGGUUCAGUUGAAGUACCUCCUCUUCUCUCACUUCCAUGUCUGCUCUUUGAGGUUCUUCCAACCAAUUGUAACUAACUGUUGAAGAUCAAAACAUUUCAUCGUUGUUCUGCACCAGAAAGCUCUUGAAAGGCACGCCAUAUACUAUGUAGAAGACGAAGUUGACACGGUUUUGGGAGGCUUUGCUUUGGUUAAAAAAUGAACCAACAAUUAGAAUUAGAUUUUGGACAUGACUAAGAAAACCAACAUGAUGUCUUCGCAGACCAACACCCCUACCAGUGGUAGUAGCCGGCUAAGAGCUUCUUCGACCAAAACCAUGUUGCAAAAAAGAUCAACCUCAGCACCAAAACCAAAUCCAAAAUCAGUUGCAGUAACAACCUUAAACGACGAUAUUUCUUCUACGAAGCCACGGAGGCCCAAAUCUGGAGAGCAUGUCCCCGGUCCUCAGUCGGGCCGACCCGGGAACCGUCCGGUCGCGGAGCAAUUCGCUCCCCGGCCACGACGGCAGAAGAAAACUGAGGAUGACCCAGACCUUGAUGGGAAGAAGAAGAAGAAGAAGAACAAUAACAAAAAGGAAUUAGUAGUAUUGCAUGAUGAUGAUGAGAUUAAUAUGGUUGACGACAAUCUGGUGAUGAGAAAUAAAAUAGACGAUUUGGAGGGUGAAGUUGUGAGGCUAAAGGGUGAGUUGGAUAAAGCUCUCGCCUUCAAUCAGCAGCUCCAGUUGCAGAACCAGAAGCUCACCCACGAACUCGCCUCUUCUCAUGCAAAGAUAUCAACUCUUCCUGUCCAGAGGGAUUCCGUUGGAGAGCAUCAGAGUCCCAACUUCAAAGACAUUCAGAAACUCAUUGCCAACAAGUUAGAACGCUCCGUAGUUAAAAAGGAGGUACUUAGUGAAGCAAGCAUUACAAGGACACCUUCCACUUCUCUACCAACACCACCACCACCACCACCCCCAACACCACCAAUUAGUCCAAGUCCCAAAAUUAUCGCCGUAGGAAAGAAGGGUCCGCCACCAUCUUCCUUACCACCGCCACUGCCACCCCCACCCCCACCCCCACCUUCGGCUAGAGCACCCACCAAUCACCCUAGAGCACCUACCAAUCGCAAACCUCCUGCAUUUUUGGAAUUCUAUCACUCCUUAACAAAGCAAGAAGGGAAUCAGGAUUCUCCUUCAGGACUAGGAAAUCGCCAUAAACAGGAGGCUAUCAGCGCCCACAAUAGCAUAGUUGGAGAAAUUCAGAAUCGUUCAGCGCAUCUUUUAGCUAUAAAAGCUGACAUUGAGACAAAAGGAGAGUUCAUCAACGGCCUCAUCACCAAGGUGCAGGCCGCUGCAUAUACGGAUAUAGAAGACGUCCUAAAGUUUGUCAAUUGGCUUGAUGGAGAACUUGCAACAUUGGCUGAUGAGCGAGCGGUCUUGAAGCAUUUUAAGUGGCCCGAGAGGAAAGCUGAUGCCUUGCAAGAAGCUGCAGUUGAAUAUCGCGAGCUUAAGCAGUUGGAAAGCGAGAUUUCUUCUUAUGAGGAUAUUGACAGUGACGCUCCAUGUGCAACUGCGUUCAAGAAGAUGGCCAGCUUAUUAGACAAGUCGGAGAGAAGCAUUCAAAAGCUGAUCAAGCUGCGAAGUUCAGUUCUUCGUUCUUAUCAGGAACUCAAGAUCCCAACGGAUUGGAUGCUUGAUUCAGGAAUUGUGACCAAGAUAAAGAAGGCGUCAAUGAACCUGGUGAAGAUAUUCAUGAAGAGAGUGAGAUUGGAGCUGGAAUCCAUUCAGAACUCAGAUAGAGAAUCGCUUCUGCUGCAAGGUGUGAAUUUCGCAUACAGAGCCCAUCAGUUUGCAGGAGGUCUUGAUUCAGAAACAUUGUGUGCUUUGGAAGAGCUACGACAGCAUUUUCCGCGACACUUGCGAGGCUCCAGGGAGGAGAUGUUGCCUGCCAUACCUUCAUCAUAGCCAUUAGCCAGAUGCGUUUCCAAGAUGAAAAAUGCUAUUUAUCACCCUUUGUAAUGCAAUCACUAGAUAAGUAGCAUCGCAUAACAGAGUCGGACCCAGUUCUUUUUACUGAUGCUCUUUUGAGAAUCAGUCAGCUGCUAGGCUUUGUUUUCUUUAUUAGAUUGUAUACCUCACAGCAAUUGAAUUAACUCUGACAAUGAGAAUUAUGUAAGUGGCAAUAUUCAACCGCCAAGUCCAAAAUAAAAGCAGUGAUAGCAUACAUGGGGCUUUUCUUCAUCAACUCCUUUUUCAUUGUUGUAUUACAGCAACCCUGGCAGAGCUUGUUAGGCACACAAAUAUCAUGUAGCAUAAUGUUUUUAUAUUGCACCAAUGUAGUAUGGAGUCUUUUACAUAGU